AUGGCCCCUCCGGGCCCGGCCGGCGCCCCCCCCACCUCGGCCGAGCCGCUGUCCCGGAGCAUCUUCCGGAAGUUCUUGCUGAUGCUCUGCUCCCUGCUCACGUCCCUUUACGUCUUCUACUGCCUGGCCGAGCGCUGCCAGACCCUGGCGGGCCCCGUGGUGGGGCCGUCGGGCGGCGGCGAGGAGGCGGGGGCCCCGGGGCGCGGCGCCCUGGCGGGAGGCCCGCGGGAGCUGGCGGUGUGGCCCGCGGCGGCGCAGAGGAAACGGCUCCUGCAGCGACAGCAGCGGCGGAGGCGCCGGCCGCCCGCGCCACGCGACGACGGCCAGGAGGCGGCCUGGGAAGAGGAGCCCCCGGGCCUGGCCGGGGGUCCCGGCGGCUCCGGGGCCGGGAGCAGCGCGCCCGAGGCCCCGCCGGGGACCCUGGCCCUGCUGCUGCACGAGGGCAGCAAGCAGCUGCCGCAGGCCAUCAUCAUCGGGGUGAAGAAGGGCGGCACGCGGGCGCUGCUGGAGUUCCUGCGCGUGCACCCCGACGUGCGCGCCGUGGGCGCCGAGCCCCACUUCUUCGACCGCAGCUACGACAAGGGCCUCGCCUGGUACCGGGACCUGAUGCCGCGGACCCUGGACGGGCAGAUCACCAUGGAGAAGACGCCCAGCUACUUAGUGACGCGCGAGGCGCCCGCGCGCAUCUCGGCCAUGUCCAAGGACACCAAGCUGAUCGUGGUGGUGCGCGACCCGGUGACCCGGGCCAUCUCGGACUACACGCAGACGCUGUCCAAGCGGCCGGACAUCCCCACCUUCGAGAGCCUGACGUUCAAGAACCGCACGGCGGGCCUCAUCGACACGUCGUGGAGCGCCAUCCAGAUCGGCAUCUACGCCAAGCACCUGGAGCACUGGCUGCGGCACUUCCCCAUCGGCCAGAUGCUCUUCGUGAGCGGCGAGCGGCUCAUCAGCGACCCGGCCGGCGAGCUGGGCCGCGUGCAGGACUUCCUGGGCCUCAAGAGGAUCAUCACCGACAAGCACUUCUACUUCAACAAGACCAAGGGCUUCCCCUGCCUCAAGAAGGCCGAGGGCAGCGGCAAGCCCCACUGCCUGGGCAAGACCAAGGGCAGACCCCACCCCGAGAUCGACCGCGAGGUGGUGCGCCGGCUGCGCGACUUCUACCGGCCGUUCAACUUGAAGUUCUACCAGAUGACCGGCCAGGACUUCGGCUGGGAUGGAUGACGAUAUAAUUUAAAAAGAAAAAAAAAAAAUCAAAAUAUAAUAUAUUUUUGUACCGAUCGGUAGAGAAGAAGGCAGUUUAAUAUUUGUGCUGAACGUAUUUGUUUCGGUAUUUUGUUUUUCGGAGUGAAUGUUAAGAGCGCGUUUUCGCCUGGCCCCCCUCUCGCCUUCCAAAAGCCAACAUUUGGGUCAACGAAAGAGGAAAGCCUCACUGUCUAAAUACUUUCCAUUUUCUACUUUUAUUUGAUGGGUUCUAGACACGGUUAUAAACCAUGAGCAUUGGUUGCCAUUAAAACUUUGAGGAAAGUCCUGAGGGUAAAUCGAUCUCUCUCUCUCUGUCCCCACCUCUCUGUCUAUUGUCUGUCCUUUCACAAGUCCCAGAUAAAAUGAUCUCUCCUUGUGUUUCCUCCCUUGCGCCACUUUUUAAACAGCAGUUCCCAAGUAAUAAUCUCCCUGUGUUUGCACACCACUUCCCAGUUACCAUAGAACUUGUGAAUCAAGCACCUUUUUCCAUCCUUACAUGAAUGUGGGGUAAGCAUAGAGAUUAUGAUUCCCAUUUUACGGAUGAUAAGGCAACUGAGUCUCAGGGACGUUUAAUGACUUCUCAUAAGGCCGGACGGUGGACCUUGGGUAAAACCCCAUCUUCUACGUUCCUUGUAUCCUGCCACUUUUUCCAGAGAAAACAGGAAACGAGUCACCUCUGCUUUUAGAAACAGUUAGUUUGAGGAUGAUUGGAGAUAGGACAGAGAGGGUGUCCUAUUGCCUUCUAAAGUUCCGGGCUGGUUUUGUGACACUCAGUCACAGAGAGUCACCUGUGUCCAAAGACAGCACU